AUCCUCAUAUAUGUUGCGGACAAAGCUGUUUGUCAUUUGGAUUCGAAACUAGACACAUUUCAUGGAGGCGGAGAGGCAACCUACCACCCUUCAUGAAGAUGUUCAGUUGAAAUUGUCUGAUGAAGAACACUCUUUCCUGAACAAGCUGGACAGCCGUAACUUCCAGUUUCUCUUCCUAAGUAAAAUGUUCAACACAUUCCAGACAGAAAAGCAGACAAUAGAGAAGGGCAUUAAGGUUUACCAAGUGUUGGCAGCACACUGCGAAAAGGACGUUGACUGCGUGUCUUUUCUCUGCAAACUUGGACACUUUCAUCUGUUGCUGGAAGAAUUCUCGAAAGCUCUUUCUGCAUAUCAGAAAUGCCUUCAGUUGGAGAGAGAAUACUUGAAGAAUUCUGUUUUCCUUUAUGGAUUGGGAAUGGUCUACUUUCACUUCAACACUUUUGACUGUGCAAUACAGUCAUUUCAACAGCUGCUUCUUAUUGACAAAUCUUUCACUCACUCGACUGAAGUUCAUGUUCGGCUGGCAAUAAUGUACAAAGUUAGAGGAGACUUUCAACCAAGUUUGGAUCAUUUUCAGCAGGCAUUGUCUUAUUGGAACUAUUCUACAUUAAUUCCACUUCAAGUGCAAUUCCAUAUUGCUCAUCUCCUUGAAGUGCAGGGCAAUGUAAAGGCCGCCAUGGGUAUUUACCAGAAGAUUUUGGAGUCUCCUAACUGUACUACUGAACUAAAGGCAAGCGUGUACAGACAACUUGGUUGGCUGCAUCUUAGAUGUCAGGUUGGUUCAGAGGAUGUUGGGGCAACAGCUAAGGCUGUAGAGCUACUCCAUAAGUCUGUUGACUUGGAUAGAGAAAGUUGGGAAACUUGGUACUACCUUGGAAGAUGCUUUGCAUCCAAAGGCGAAAGCAGUUAUGCGUUUUUGUGUUACCGACAUUCAAUAGAAAGGAACGAAUCUAGUGCAGACACGUGGUGCUCCAUCGGGGUGUUGUAUCAACAGCAAAUGCAAAUGGCGGAUGCUCUGCAGGCAUACAUAUGUACGGUUCAGCUCAACAGCCAACACGUCGUCGGAUGGAUUGAUCUCGGUAUCCUGUAUGAGUCUGUCGAUCAAUUGAGGGAUGCAUUGAAAUGCUAUCAUCAAGCAAUGUUGUACAUGCAACCAAGCAUCGAGAGGACAUCACUGGAGUCCCGAAUUCAGACUUUGCAUUUGCUUUCUCGGGUAUACAACUCCCCUAAAGCGGGCACAGAAAAAACUUUGCCUAACUUGGACAAUGCUUUUAAGCUAGUAAUUCCGUUAGAGCUAGUGGAAAGAGCCUACAAGAAAGGAUUAAUUAGUGACAAAUCAGUGUGUCCAUCUACUCCCGACUUCUCACAAAUUGCUUUUCCAACUGAUGUUGCAUUGGACAUUACAUCGAUGAUGCCGAGCGAACCAGAGUGCCAGUUGCGAGCUGCUGGUGCUCUUCCUGUGACAUCUCCUUGGUCGAUUCACGAUAAGGUCGUUUCACCUGCAAGUGCUGCACCUCACGGUCUUGGAUUGUUGUCUGUAAAUUUGCCAUCAACUAUCGGAGCUGUCGAAAAUAUGUCUGUACAGUAUGCAAGCAAGAGCGAUAGGCAAACAAUGUGGCCAGCAUCUGCACACGUACAGCCAUCGAUGGUGGCUGUAAGUAACCAACCACCGCGCGAUUUCUUGCCGAAUCCGGUGGCAUUUACAGGGAACAGCAGUGAGCAGAGAGUUCAGCCAGUGGCAACACAAUCGGACCAACAGUUUGAUUUGAGUUCUUGGUCUGGGGUAUCAUCAACUAGGCCAGCGAGUGGAUCAUCUGAACUGCUUCAUCUACUAGACCUUCAACCAACAGAUCCUCUUCCUGAUAUUAAUCCAUCUGUUACAAAUUUGUUUUGUCCGGUGUCGGUGGGUUCUCUUACCAGUCCGAAUCUGUCUGCUCUUUUGUCGACCUCAAAACAGGUUGUACAGUCACCUAAUGAUGUGUUGGACACUACCACGAUGGGAGACAACACGACAGGCUUGGUUUCGAAGGGCAAUGGUAGAUUUAGUGAAGUUGAUCGAAAUCUUGCAGUGCCGAAUUGGAUUACUCCGACUGUGUUUGAUCUAAACUAUGUGAACAGUGCUGAUGAAAGUGAAUACAUGCAACGGUCCCCCAUGCUUCCACCUGUACCGCCACCACGGUGUCCAAAUCUUCACCCCGAAGUGCCGACUAUGGAUGUACAAUUGAUGAUGAAUAGUCACCACCCUUACCUAACACGUUACAGUUACAAUCCAAAUCAUCCAAUUGUAUUGAUCCGUUCUUUAGCCCAAGCUGUCAAUAUCGAUCUUGAUGUGUUUUCGAGUAAAUCAUUGGCUCGUGCAAAUAGGAACCAUCUGAUUGACAUUAGAAUUCAGAGGAAACAAUCACCUGAUGAAAACUGGGACAUGGCAAACAAGCGGCAGGUUUGGAAAUUUGAAAGUACGGGAGCUGAAACGACGAUUGGUGAAUAUGCAUUAUACCAGGAAAAAUAUCCAAACACGGACUUGCCCACUGGUGAUGCUAAUGAUGGGGCAACUCGACAACCUCCACAAUUACAGUUGUUGUCACCUUCGUCAACGAAGAGACUAGAUGAAGCGUCGCCGACUACUAUCAAGUUUGGUACCAAUGCGGAUCUAUCAGAUAUAGACAAAUGGGCUGCACAGCUAGCUGAGUUACAGAAGCUUCCUGAGUUCUUGAAGGUGUUGUCCGAGUUUAACAUGCUGAGCUAUGUUGACCACACAAUUCUGGGUGUUAACUCGGUGCAAUUAUACAUGAAAGUUCCUGGAUGCAGAACUUCAGGUCACCAGGAAAACAACAACUUUUGCUCUGUGAAUCUGAAUAUUGGUCCCGGGGAUACGGAAUGGUUUGCAGUUCCUAAUCGGUAUUGGGGUGUCCUCAACACCUUCUGUGAGAAACACAAGAUCGAUUUCUUGUGUGGAUCUUGGUGGCCAGUGUUGGAAGAUCUGGAGAAGGAACGUGUUCCUGUUUAUCGAUUUCUGCAGAAGCGUGGGGAUCUUGUCUGGGUCAAUCCUGGAACGCCUCACUGGGUCCAGUCGACGGGAAUCUGUAACAACGUGGCAUGGAAUGUUGGUCCCUUGACUGGGCAUCAGUACCGUAUGGCAAUGGACAGAUACGAGUGGAACAAAAUAAGACAUGUCAAGUCGAUUGUCCCCAUGAUUCACAUGUCAUGGAAUGUUGCCCGGUAUGUGAAAGUUACGGAUGCAAACCUGUAUUCCCAACUUCGAGAAUGUUUGUCGUGGUCACUCCAGUUCUGUGAAUACCAAGUGAAACGAUUAAAAGAGGAUGGUGUGAGCAUUCAAUGGUACGGUCGGAAUCCGGGAGAGCCAACUCACUACUGCUCGGUGUGUGAGGUCGAGGUGUUCAACAUUUUGUAUGUGUCAAGUAAGACUUCUAAAGGAGAGCACUAUGUCCUGUGUGAGCAAUGUACUAGAGAAUCAGACCCUCGUAUUAGUGAGCACACUGUUGUAAAUCAGUUCAGCAUAGAAGACUUGAAAGUAACUUUGAACAACUUUAUUCUUCACACCGCUCGAUAGAUCCAAUUAAUAUGGUGUCCACGUAUUGUUUAUCGUUACUUCACGUAUUGUGUCAAAAGUGAUCCUUGUGUUGAUCUCUGUCACCACAUGAGCAACUUCAUCUGUUCAAAACUAACUAAGGUGCUUCCCACUGUAUGUAAACUUACUAUUUUGUAAUUUGUAUUGACAAGUGUUUAAUACUUGAAAAACUUGGGGUAAUGCCAUAAAAACAGGAAGUUGUGAAAUGCUGUAAUGGGGCCAGUAAUCAAAGGAAUGGUUAUUGAGUUCUGGAGGAGUGACAUCUGUUUCAUGAUUUUAGUUGAGAGUAAUUACACCACAGAUUUUUCAAGCACCAUUGUUGUUAAUAUCGUAGAUGUGACUGCACCUAAGCAAGUUUGUGUCAAAUGUAUGUGUUUAGAAAUGUGAUUUCAUUGCUGUUUCGUGCAGGGUAUGAUG